AUGGAGAGGCCGUCCGGCCUCCCGCAGCCGGAUGCCGGUCGACGGAGCGGCCAGCCACCUCUCCAGCCGCAGUCCAACAGCCAUCCCAACAUUAUCCCAGUGUCGAAACCUCCAAGCCUCCCCGGCGUGUCUUUAUAUAACCCACGGGGCGCGCCGCACAGUGCGGUGACAACCGGGAAGAAGCACAUGUCUAGCAAGGUCGCUAUACCCCGCCAAAAAUCGGCUGCCCCUCGCUAUAGUCGCCGAGUUCCUCUGGCGUGUGAAACAUGCAGGGUGCGAAAAACCAAAUGCAGUGGUGACACACCGAUUUGCAGACAGUGUCUGGAGCUCAGGGUCGAAUGUCGAUACCCGGUUUCGUGGCGUGAACGGACGAAAGGACAAAUAUCUAAGCUCUCGGCCAAGUCGGAUGACUAUGAAAAGUUGCUCCGGGAGAUCAGCCAAAUCGUGGACGGCCGAGCGGCGGAGCGAAUCAGAUACACCCUCGACAAAUACUCAGAAUCUGGAGCUGAACAGCAUAAUGAUCAACCGUCCGCCAACUCUGACCCUGCCUCCGGCAUCGAUGAAGGGAUUGACCCAGAGGUGGAAAGCCUACCCUCCUCUAUUGGGUCAUUAGACGCCAUUGACCGUGUGGAUGAGGACCUCAACCGCAGCCCGAACGCCCAAGCUACGGGAUACAUGGGAAAGAAUUCGGAGGUCACUUGGCUGCAACGCUUGGGAAGAGAAGCAGAUAAUCGCGCUCGCAAUUUAUCAGGGUUGGCUGAGCCAAGGCCGGAUCGUGAGCUGUCCAUCCAUUCUGUAAAUUAUCAUUUAGACGACGUGGAUAUCACGCCCCCAGGGCCAGUCCACCUUUAUUGGAUGCCUCCACGGAAUAUUGCAGAUAAGCUGUUUGAGGACUACCUGGAUACAGUUCAUCCUGUUUUCCCAAUCAUCAGCCGGUCGCUCUUCUCAGCACAGUACAGGAAUUUCUUUGAUAACUCAGCGCGACCAGGUGAUAAAUGGCUGGCCAUUCUGAACCUAAUAUUCGCCAUAUCUUCCAGUCAUGCUCACCUUAUGCAGGCAUCUUGGCGCGGUGUUGGCCGUGAUCAUUUUGUCUACCUGGCCCGGGCCCGGGCUCUCAGUAUGAACAGUGACACCCUUUUCAGUCAUCCUGAUCUUCAGCAAGUGCAAGUGGAAGCACUAACGGCUUUUUACUUACUUGCAACUAAUCAGAUUAACCGAGCAUGGAGAAUUGCGUCAUUGGCUCUUCGAUCCGGCAUAUCUCUUGGUUUGAACUUGAGAAAUACUAGCGAAGUCACGCCUGACACGUCUAAGGAGGCUCGGUAUAGAGUCUGGUGGUGUCUUUACACGCUUGAACACAUGUUAGGGACAAUGACCGGACGCGUGACAGGUAUCUCGGACGGUGUAUGCACCACUCCGAUGCCGCUUCCUGUGGACGAGGACCGGUUCAAUGAUCCAGCCGCGGCAGAGCUGCUAAGUAGUUUGGAGCUUCGUCAAGAGCGCGUCGAGUUAGCUCUCGCGAGCUGCUAUGUCCGACAGAUGCCACAGAACGUACGACGUAAUCGAGAGCCGAACGAUGCAGGCAAAAGUGCCGACGUUGCGAGGCUGCAAAGCUUACCCCCCAGUACGGCUCUCUUCUUUCUUUACUACGUUGAUCUCGCCGUCAUCAGCCAGGAGAUCUUUAACCGCAUUUAUUCUCUGGAUUGCAUUCUGACACCUUGGGGAGAGAUCGAGGAUCGCAUGACUGAGCUUCGAUCACGGAUUGAGUACUGGCUUUCGAAUCUUCCUGAAGCAUACGACUGGACUCGAGGCAACCAGCAGAAUCUAGAAUUGCUACGUGGCAGUCUUUGCCUUGCUUUUCUCUAUUAUAGUGUGCGCAUCACACUAGGGCGCCCCUGCUUGUGCCGUCGCGAUGUUCGAUCAUCCGAAUCUCCGGGUGAAAGUACAGCCUUCAGCCACGCUAUAUCGGUGUCGGUUCUUGAAUCUGCACAGCGACUAAUUGCCUUGAUUCCUGACAUGCCUGAUGCGUCGCGCAUCUAUCUGCUCUGUCCCUGGUGGUGUAUCCUACAUUACCUCAUGCAAGCCACUACCGUUCUGCUUCUCGAAAUUUCUUUUGGCAGCGUGCAUUUACCCGCAGAGGAGAAGAGCAUUCUCGAGGCAGCUAAGAAGGGAAUCCGCUGGCUCUUCGCCAUGUCCGAAUUCAGUCUCGCAUCAAGGCGCGCCUGGGAGCUCUGCGACAGAAAUCUCCGCCAGCUAGCCGACGCCGGCGGCUCGACUAUCGAUAUGAGCGAUAUGCCAACCGCAGAUUAUCAAUUCGAUACCAAUAAUAAACAGCAGAACCAUUCUCAGCAUCCACAUGUUAACUCUCGUCCGCCUGUCACCACCGCCGUUACCCAAUUUCCGACUCUUGCUUCGACCCCAAGCUUCCACAUCUCGCCCCCAAACAACAACCACAAGCAAGGGCAGAGUCCGUCCUCUCAGCAUCAAAUGACAGCAUUGGCUCUGCAACAGUCCCAUACAGCACCUCUCACACAAUCUUCGCGAAAUGAGGGACGGCUCCAUUUCCCUUAUGACGCCACCACGUCCGCCGGAUUUUCCAACGACAUCUACUUUCCCUAUGACCCCAUCACUGGCGAGUUUAUACGAUCGUUCUUCCCGAACUCGAACGAAGAAGAGUCCUGGGAGCAUUGAAGUAACGAUCAGUCAUGAUUAACGUGCAUAUCCUUUCCUCAUAUUCCUCAAUAUUCUUCUCCUAUUGUCUUUUUAUACUCUUCACCUUUGACAUUUGAUUCCUCCAUUGUGGAAUCUGACUUCUAUUCAUUUUCUUUUUACUCUUUAAGGGUUUGUUUUGUGUUUACAACCCGCUGGCCGGCAGGUCAAUAUCAUUCUACCCCAUUUAGUUCGCUCCAGAUCAGCUCAGCCCAGCCCAGCCUGAGCCUGUGUCUGUUCUAUGUUUUCAUUUUACGGUAACCAAUUGCCGUGAACUGUGCUGUACGCGUUGACGUCGCGGAAUUUACAGGACGGCGUAUCCUUCGUGAGAGAAUCAAUGGUGUUUCUAUACGGAGAUCAAAGAUCUAA